UACCAAUGGGACAAAAAGAUGUUCCACGCAUGAUUGUUUUGGAGAGAGUCCAACAUGUAAACAGCAUGCAAGUGAACUCUCUACAAUAAAAUUCAUGGGACCAGCUGAUGAUUUUUUUUUUCGCAGAGAACCCAUGUGGCAUGGGGAGAAACCCCCAAGAACCAGAAAAGAAGUCAUCAUACAGAGAGAAUAUUGUUGCAGAUAUAGAGUCCGCUGGUAUAUACAUAAAACACUUUGAAGGUCCAGCUCAAAAAAGAAAACAUGUCUUCCUAAGUCCAUGUCUCACACCGUUCCAUCAUGAUACAUUUUCAGUGCUUCAACUUGGCAUGGAAAUAAUAAGAUGAAGAUCCCGAAAUCCAGAGAAACUUUUGACAGUGCUGAGAAGCAUUUGCGAGCACCUGUUCUGUCGCUCAAGGCUGUGGAGGUAUUCGGAUUGGAGAAUUGUUGGUUAUGUUCCGUCCACGCCUUUUUUCGCAUCGCCUGGCUGCUCGAUUUGCUCGCCAAUUUGAUUGUUCUGUUUGCAUGUGGACUGGGUAUCUAUGGCUGUACGGUUUUACCUGCUUGGAUUCCUGCUGAUUUAUGUGUGAUCCUUGCACAAGUGUCGUCUUAUGCCCACAUGAUCAUUAGUUUCUUCCUUCUUGGACUGUUGGCCCUGGUGGCAUUGCUUUGCGUUGCGGGCGACAUCUUGGCAAGGAUCCAGAAUCUUCACGAAAACACGCGAGCUCUAACGGUGACGAUUGCAUAUGCAGCAGUGUUGUUCUUCGUGUCCCUCGCCAUGUUUGCGAGUUGGCCGGUGACCAUUUGGAUGAUCCUCGCCAUCAGAACCGCGAUAGAGCGCGAGAAGCGACGCUUAGUGCGCAACCGCGUCAAGGGGGCGCGUGCCAUCAAGAGCCGCUCAACCGUCCUCAUAACUGCUGGGAAUAAAACCAUGGCGCCUUCCGGCAACGAAGAAAAUUCGGGUUCAUUUGCAGUCAGCAGCCCUGGCCCCAAGGCUUCGCCGAAUCCACAAGCGCAACAACAACCUCAACCUCGUAGCACGUUUUUCAUCCAGAAAGCCCGGCUGACCUCGACGGCCGGCAAGCCGAAUCAGCAGCAGAAUUCCUUUCUCGGCGCCUCGCAUGAUGGAAAAAAUUUAGCGAGAGAAGCUAGCGCCAAAAGUGUAUGGGUGCAACAACAGCAGCGUAAAGACGGAAAUAAUGGAUCUUCUUCCGGUUCCGGCUUGAUCAGCAAAGACGGAGAGCCUCCACGCCAAUCCAAGGAAUCGGGAAAGAAAAGAUAA